AUGGAAUCGGGCAAGAAUCCACGACCUCCAAAGGUCAAGAACAAGAACCCAGCACCUGUGCAGAUUACAGCCGAGCAGAUCUUGCGUGAAGCCCAUGAUCGCCGACUUGAACCGACGCAUUCGAUUCCAAAGCAAAAGAUCAGCGAUCUCGAAGAGCUUUCUGAAUUUCGACAACGCAAGCGCAAAGAGUUUGAGGACAACAUUCGAAAGAACCGACUCAACGUUAGCAAUUGGUUGAAAUAUGCGUCUUGGGAGGAAUCACAACAAGAGUUUCAACGUGCACGAUCCGUCUAUGAACGCGCUCUUGACGUGGAGUGGCGUAACGGUGCUAUUUGGUUGCGUUAUGUGGAAAUGGAAAUGAAGAACCGUAACGUGAUGCAUGCACGCAACUUGCUCGACCGUGCUACGACAUUGUUACCGCGUAUGAAUCAGUUUUGGUACAAGUACACGUACAUGGAGGAGAUGCUUGGUGAAGUCCCCAAGGCACGCAAUGUCUUUGAGCGUUGGAUGAAAUGGGAGCCGGAUGAGGAUGCAUGGAUGGCUUAUAUCAAGAUGGAAUUGCGUUAUCAUGAGGAGGCUCGUGCACAAGCUUUAUAUGAACGCUUUGUCAGUAUUCAUCCUGAACCCAAAAACUGGAUCAAGUGGGCCAAGUUUGAAGAGGAACAUAACAACAUUGAUAAAUGCCGCGAGAUUUACACCGAAGCAAUUCAAUACAUGGGUGAUGACAAGCUGGAUCAAAAGGUGUUGGUGGCAUUUGCCAAGUAUGAAAUCAAGUUGAAGGAAUACGAGCGUGCACGAGUCAUCUUCAAGUAUGGUUUGGAUCGUUUGCCCAAAUCCAAAUCGCAAUCGCUUUACAACCAGUACACCAACUUUGAAAAGCAAUACGGCAAUCGAGAGGGAAUCGAGGAUGUGGUAUUGGGCAAACGACGAGUACAAUAUGAAGAAGAGAUUGAAGCGAACCCCAAGAAUUACGAUGUAUGGUUCGAUUACGCCAAACUUGAGGAGUCGGCAGGCGAGAUUGUCAGAGUGAGAGAAGUCUAUGAGCGAGCAAUUGCACAAGUACCACCAGCAGAUGAAAAGCGAUACUGGAGACGUUACAUUUAUUUGUGGAUCAAUUACGCAUUAUACGAGGAACUUGAAACGGAGGAUACCGAGCGUACGCGUGAGAUCUACACCGAAUGUCUCAAGCUUAUCCCACACAAAAGAUUCACGUUCGCCAAGAUCUGGUUAUUAGCAGCACAAUUUGAGAUUCGACAACUCAACCUUCAAGGAGCACGCAAAUUACUUGGUCAGGCCAUUGGCAUGUGUCCCAAGAAUAGGUUGUUCAAGGGCUAUAUUGAAUUGGAGAUGCAGUUGCGUGAAUUUGAUCGAUGUCGAACGCUAUAUACAAAAUUCCUCGAAUACGAUCCUGCCAAUUGCUCUGCUUGGAUCAAGUUUGCCGAAUUGGAAAAGCUUCUUGGAGAACAGGAGCGUUGUCGUGCCAUCUUUGAACUUGCCAUCUCACAACCAUCACUUGACAUGCCAGAGCUCUUGUGGAAAGCCUAUAUUGAUUUCGAAAUCGAGGAAGAAGAAUACGAGAACACACGCGACUUAUACCUACGAUUGUUGGAGCGCACCGAGCAUGUCAAAGUCUACAUCAGCUUUGCGCAAUUUGAACUUUCAAUACCUUACAAGAACAACAGCGAGGAAGGCAAUCGCAGAGCACGCAAGAUUUAUGAGGAUGCCUACGACAAUCUCAAAAAGAAAGAACUCAAAGAAGAGCGUGUCAUUCUGCUUGAAGCAUGGAAGGAAUUUGAAAAGGAGCAUGGCAACGAGGAAACACAAAAGGUGGUCGAAGACAAGCUACCCAAGGUUGUGCGGAAGAGAAGAAAGGCUGCAGACUCUACAGAAGACAAUAUUAUUUGGGAAGAGUACUUUGAUUACAUCUUUCCUGAUGAUGAAGUGCAAAGCCGCAAUCUUAAAUUCCUCGCUAUGGCACACGCAUGGGCCAACAAGGAUUAG